AUGAUGAAUAAUCAAAACCAACAACAACAAGGAACAUUUCCAUUUGAUAGUGCCAUUCUAUCUGAUAAUUCACAAUAUACCUAUGGAGGAGAACAAUCGUGUACAUAUAUUUGUUUAACUGCUAUUGAAUACUUUUUAAAUAAUUAUUCCAAGUUUAGAAUUCCGAUUUCAUCAUCAACAUCAAAAGAUCUUAAAAUUACAAAGAAUGAUAUUGAUUAUGUAUUACAAUUAGGUGUUUCAAGAGAUAGAAAAGUUGGACUAACAUCAUGUGAUGAUGUUUAUUCUAAUAACGAAUAUUUUCAAAAAACACUUGAAUUGAAAUCAAUGCACAUUUCAAAAUUAAGUGAUAGUCUUUCUUUUAAACAAUUACUUAAAGAAAUGGAAUCAAAAUCAAUUGAUACAAAAUCAUCAAGUGAUGUAACUGCUCUAGUUUUAACUAAACCACCUGAAACUAUUGCUAUAUUUUAUGAUUGUUAUGGUUAUUUAAAUGGAAAAGAGAAUGAAUAUUAUCCAUGGUUUAUAUUUGAUUCACAUCCAAGAAAAUAUAGUAGAGGUGGUGGUUUUUAUUUAUUUAAGGAUUUAUCUAAAAUUGAACAAUAUUUGAAAAAAUUAUUUAUUGAUGAUUUUGAUUAUUAUAGAAAUAUGUUUGAUUCUUAUCAAGCUAAAUCUCAUGUCAUGUUUGAAGGUACUAUUGUAACAUUAAAACCUCUUUCAAAUUUGAAAACUAUUCAACCACCACAAACUGUAAAUCAACCACAAAUUGUAAAUAGUCCAAGUCAACCAGUCAAACAAGAAUCAAACAUUCCAAAUAAUACUAAUAAUAAUAGCACUCCAAAAGAAUCUCAAAAACAAGUAAUAGUUCAACAACAACCAGUAGAUCAAAAUCAAUUGAUUGAACAAUUAAUGAAAAAGAUUGAUCAAUUAACACAAGUUAACAAACAACAAUUUGAAGAAAUUCAAACACUUACCUACUUGUUAAAAGAAGAACAAGAAAAUCAUCAAAGAACUGCAUUAGAAAAUCAAAAGCUUAAAAAAUCAACCAAACAACAAGAAAAUGUAAUUGAUAAGAUUUUCUCUUCCUUUUAAUGACAUUCUAAUUUAAAAUGUACAUUUCCUUGGUGAUGGUGUAAAUAAACAAAAUAACUUCAAUC